AAUGAUGAGUGAGGAUUUUGGGAACAUGGAUAAAAGAAGACAGUCAGAUUUCAUUAUUGAAAAACAGUCAAUUCAAGAAAUCUGGGGAGAAAAUGGAAAAGAAGUUUCAAGUUUUCUGGAGAAUGUGAAUGAGCCAACACAUAGACUUCUGUCAGAGAAUUGUGACUCUUUUGUUCCUCAAAAUAUGAUAAAUUUAUUAGACCUUGAUCAACAAAGGGUAAAGAAAACCUUUGACAAAUGUGGCUAUGAUAGUUUAGGGGAUAUUUGUUUGGUUACAAGUUCGGAUGAAAACCAUUCCAUUGAUGGAAACAGAAGUAUUUUUACAGCUCCAGAGUCAACUUUUAGUARUUCUACUUUAAAUAAAACAAGUUAUCCAGAAAAACAUCAGCCAAACAGGAACUAUCAGAAAAAGCACAACAAUAAUGAAAUAAAUGACUUUGCCACAUGUUUUGAGGAGGAUUGUUACCUGAUCAGCUCUGAAAAGAAAGGAAAACUUAACAAUGUGUACCAAGAGAAAACACCACAGAAAAAUAUCCAGGAAUAUCCAGUGAACUCUAUGGGCAGUGUCCCUUUGCAAGAAUUGUAUUCUAAACAAUCCUGGGAUUUAAGACUUGGUGAGAUUGUGAUGGAAGAAGGAAGAACAUGUUCUUUAAAAGGAAGGCCAACAUCCACAAAGAAGAUCUAUCUUGAUUCUUCACAGAGUAGUCAGUCUGCCAGUUACUCUCCAAGGCCAACGGAUAGUUGUUUCAGUUCUAGUUCAGAGAUGCCAUCAGAAGAUGAAGAUCAAAUGUUACAGCAAAUUGAAGACUCAAAUAAGAUAUGUGUCAAAACUACUGAAACAACCAAUGAUUUUCAUCUAGAAAGGAUGUCAAAAGUUUCAGAUGAUAGGAUUGGUAAAGAUAAUGCCCCAAUUCACAAACAAACUGAAAAUUUCUACCCAUUCUCAGUGAAAAAUAAUACACAUCAAUCUCCUCAGUUGCAGUGCAAUUCAGCACAUGUGUUGCAAAACAAAAUCRAUAAUAACUGCAUUCUGCCAGUUGUAAGAUGUGAUGCAGGGGUACAAACAGAGAGAGAACCUGCAAUGGAAGAAAAAUUUGAUGCUGCCGUACAGUGUAAUAUAAUUUCACUAUGUACAUGUAGAAGUGAUGUGUCUCCUCUUUGCCAUAUAGAAAUACAGUGAAAAUAUUAAGGCAUAUACCACUGGAGGGCAGGAAAUCCUUAAGAAAAACUAGUAUUCUAAAAUCUCAGUCUAGGAUGUAACAUUUCAGUUGACCUUGGAAGGCAAUAAUAAAUGUUCAGAAUUUAAUUAACAUAAUAAGGAAUGAGAAAAUGUAACUAAGCAUUAGGCUAAAGUAUUUAGAAGGUCUAUUCAUGAUUCUAAGACGUUUUAAUAUUUUAUGCACUUAAUUUUUUGUAUAGGCAUUUCUUUGAUGGCUUUAGUGAUUCAUCAAGGUUUUAUAAAAUAAUCAUAUAUUAUCAUUUUCAUACUUAUUAUUCUUUACAUUAUUAUGAUAUAUUGUUAUUCCUGGAUUAAAAAUAUGCUUAGCUUUCUUCCUUGUGGCAUUUACUUUAAAAUUAGGUGCAGUUGUAUCUUGCAGGAAAAAUAUUUUCUUCCAAGACUUUAGGGCAGAAAAUAAUAGUACCUAAUGUGUUUUAUGUCUUCAUCAUAAGAAUUUUGUUAACUACUUCUCUUUAAUGUUAUACCCCACUUAAAAUUCUAGAUUUUUUUUAACUCUGGUUUCAUUUGUGUGUUUAUGAGACUGCUGGGGAGCAAACUCAGAUCCUCACAAAUACUUGGCAAGUGCUCUACCACCAGUACCCACCAGCCUAUGGAUUAAUUUUUAGACAAUAUAUGUCUUCUUUUUUGUUUGGAUAACAUUUGUUGUUAGUGCUUGUAUCAACUCA